AUGCAGGAUCCGGAGCGCUUCGUGAUGCCUUUCGGAGUACUCAAUACUACGAUGGUAAUCAAUACCUGCCUUUGUCUCACCAUUGGUUUCUUCGGUUACCUUCGUUUCGGCGAUGCCAUCCUUGGGAGCAUCACCUACAACAUUCCUAAUUCACCUCCUAUCUAUGCUGCGGUGAAACCCCUGUUCAUCUGCGCUAUCUUCCUCUCCUACAUCCUGCAAUUCUACGUCCCUGCCACCAUCUUUGGUCGUUUGUUACUUAAAUUUCGGGGGCAUCGUGAGACCUCACCACAUCGACAAUCCGUCUGUCGCAAAAUGAUGCGGAUGUUCCUAAUCCUUUGCACUUCAGGUGUCUUCUCUGCUGUCUGUGGUACCGUUGCCACUGUUGUUGAGAUCGUCAAUACAUUUUGA